AUGCCUAUUUAUGAAGGGGAUGAAAGGAUCAAAGCUCAAAAGUUUUUGGGAGGGCUGAAUCUGAAGCUUCAGAGGCCCUUGAGCAGUAUAAGUACUCAGUCUUAUAUAGAAGUGGUGUUGCAAGCUUUUACCACUGAGGCUAACCUAAUCCGUAUCGAAGCUAUCCAAGGAGAAAGUCAACAAGGGAGCAGUCAUAAAGAAGGCAAGAAACUGGAACUCCAGAGGCCGAAGUUCAAGCUUAGUACUCCGUGCCAAAGAUGCCAGAAGCAACACCAUGGGAAGCCGUGCCGACUUGGAAUGAAAGGGUGCUACAACUGCGGGAAAAUGGGACAUCUCAACCAGAACUGCCCAAAGAGAGGGAUCACUUGUUUUAACUUCCAACAGACGGGUCAUUUUGCAAAGGACUGUCCCAAGCCGCGAUUGAUGAGUCAACCCCAAGGGACGUCCGGAAAUACUAGAGUGCAGCAAGGAAGGGUGUUUCACCUAACAUGA